CACACCCAGCCCUCUGCGGCGGGUGAGCUGGAGGUGCUCUUCCCUAUCUAUGUGAUUCACCCCAUCCGUACGCACCCUAGCAGCCCCAGCUCCAGUGUACCCCUGCGCCUCCCGCCUGCAGCCUCCUUCUCCCUCUGAGCCCCACUCUGCGCUUUCUGAGCCCCAUUUCCCAGGCCGUGGCAGCCGCCCAAGACCGGAGCCAUGUCGGGCAUCGCAGCCAAAGUGGUGAGAGAUCGAGAAGCAGCGGCCGGCCUGGGCACUCAUGAGCAGGCGGUCAAGUAUCUCAACCAAGACUACGAGACACUUCUCAGCGAGUGCCUUGAGGAGGGCAAACUCUUCCAGGACCCUCACUUCCCGGCAAUUGGAUCUUCCCUGGGGUUCAAGGAACUGGGGCCGUAUUCGAGCAAAACUCAAGGCAUCGUCUGGAAGAGACCCACGGAGAUCUGCUCUGAUCCUCAGUUUAUUGUUGAAGGAGCAACUCGCACAGACAUCUGCCAAGGCGCCCUUGGUGACUGCUGGUUGCUGGCAGCCAUCGCCUCUCUCACCCUGAAUGAAGAAAUCCUGGCCAGGGUGGUCCCUAAAAACCAAAGCUUCCAGGACAACUAUGCUGGGAUCUUCCAUUUUCAGUUCUGGCAGUAUGGCGAAUGGGUUGAUGUGGUGGUGGAUGACAGGCUGCCCACAAAGAAUGAUGAGCUGCUUUUUGUCCACUCGGCCGAGGGAAGCGAAUUCUGGAGUGCCCUCCUGGAGAAAGCCUAUGCCAAGGUCAAUGGAUGUUACGAAGCUCUCUCAGGAGGUGCCACCACCGAGGGCUUUGAGGACUUCACUGGUGGGAUAGCUGAGUGGUACGAUCUGAAGAAAGCACCCGACAACUUGUUUACCAUCAUCCAGAAGGCCCUGCAGAAGGGUUCUCUCCUCGGCUGUUCCAUUGAUAUCACGAGCGCCGCCGAUUCCGAGGCUGUGACUUUCCAGAAGCUGGUGAAGGGACACGCGUACUCGGUCACCGGAGCGGAAGAGGUGGAUUUCAGAGGAAGCCUGCAGAAGCUGAUCCGUAUACGCAACCCCUGGGGAGAAGUAGAAUGGACGGGAAAGUGGAGCGACAGCUGCCCUAACUGGAACAGCAUCGACCCAGAUGAGAGGGAGAGGCUGGCCAGGAGGUCUGAAGAUGGAGAAUUCUGGAUGUCUUUCAGUGACUUCCUGAGGCACUAUUCCCGCCUUGAGAUCUGCAACCUAACCCCCGACACGCUCAUCAGUGACGACUACAAGAAGUGGAGACUCACCAAGAUGGAUGGGACCUGGCGGCGGGGGUCUACCGCAGGGGGCUGCAGGAACUACCCAAACACUUUCUGGAUGAACCCUCAAUACAUGAUCAAGCUGGAGGAGGAAGAUGAAGAUGAUGAUGGCUCCGAGCCAGGCUGCACCUUCCUCGUGGGCCUUAUCCAAAAACACCGGCGACGCCAAAGAAAAAUGGGAGAGGAUAUGCACACUAUUGGCUUUAGCAUCUACGAGGUUCCUGAGGAGUUUUCCGGUCGAACCAACCUUCACCUCAACAAAAACUUCUUUCUGACAACCAGAGCAAGAGAGAGGUCAGACACAUUCAUCAAUCUCCGGGAAGUGCUGAACCGCUUCAAGCUGCCUGCUGGAGAAUAUGUCAUCGUGCCUUCUACUUUUGAACCCCACAAGAAUGGGGAUUUCUGCCUCCGUGUCUUUUCAGAGACGAAAACUGACUCUCAAGUUGUCGAUGAUGAAAUUGAGUCCACCAUCGACGAGAAUGAUGUUGAUGAAGACAGCAUUGAGGACAGCUUCAGGAGACUGUUUGCUCAACUGGCAGGGGAGGACGCAGAGAUUUCUGCCUUUGAGCUUCAGACUAUCCUGAGAAGAGUCCUGGCAAAACGUCCAGAUAUCAAAUCAGAUGGCUUCAGCAUUGAGACUUGCAAGAUCAUGGUUGACAUGCUAGAUUUUGACGGGAGUGGAAAACUGGGUCUGAAGGAGUUCUACAUUCUUUGGUCCAAAAUACAGAAAUACCAGAGAAUUUACAAAGAGAUGGACAUUGACAGGUCCGGCACCAUGAAUGCCUAUGAGAUGCGUAAAGCGUUAGAAGAAGCAGGUUUCAAGCUGCCCUACCAGCUCCAUCAGGUCAUCGUGGCACGGUUCGCGGAUGAUGAGCUCAUCAUCGACUUUGACAACUUUGUCCGGUGUUUAGUCAGACUGGAAACACUGUUCAAAGUAUUUAAGCAGCUGGAUCCUGAGAACACCGGAACAAUAGAGCUCGAUCUUACCAGGUGGCUGUGUUUUUCGGUCCUUUGAUGUAAUAAGUGACCCCUACUGAAGACUUCUCAUGAAAUUGAAAUCACUUGAGGAUUAAUCAAAGUUCAUCUAAGAAACACUAUGUUCUACUUUUGAUGGGCACCUUGAAUUCAUGAAUUGCAUUUGCUUGACCUGAUGAUUAGGACUGAAAAAGUCUUACCCGAGCGAUCAAAAUUUCCAGAUAGCAAAAGAAGCGAUCUGUUAGUUUCAUUUCAUUAUAUGCAAAAAGUAUAGUUUAGCAAUUUGCAACCUCAAUGAAAUAGGACAUUUUCUUUUACAUACUUACCUAUGUAUAACAAUAUUAAGUCAGGAAAAAUGCAGGGAGAAACUUAAUAGCUAUGCAAACCUGAAGCUCUUUUUAAAGGAACCAAAUCAUCAUGUACAAUAAUGUAUUUACAUUUUAAAAUUUAGUUGACAUCCCACAAGUGACAGUGAAGUCACCACUUUAUUUAAACAAGAUGGAAGCUAGAACACACUUCAGAAAAUCCAUGCGCUAUAAAGGAAAGAGCAUUGGAUUUGACCUCAAGAUCUGGAUUCAUAUCCUAGCCUCUGCUGCUUACUACCUAAUGUCACCUUGGGCAAAUCACUUAACUCUCUGGGUUUGAUUCCACAUACAUAAAAUGAGGGGGGUGGAUUAGAUUGCAACUAAAGCCCAAAUCCCAUGAAAUAAGCAGAUUUAAGCUAAGAUGCUUGAAGAUUGGAGUUGAGAAAGGCAGAAAGGGCAAGAGGAAGGGGAGAGGUACUGGAUCUCAUCUGGGUUCAAGUCCUGGCAAUUACAACAUAUGUAAUCUUGGACAAGUCCAUUUAUCUGGGCUUUGGUUUCCUCAUCUGUAAAAUGAAAGGAUUGGCCUGGAUGAUAUGUAAGAGGCCACUAAUCACUCUGAAUCCUACGAUUUUGCCUCUACCAGAUAGCUUCAAGUCCUUUGGGUUAAAAGCAAUCCUGAAAAUGAUAUACCGUGCUCCAUAAGGCUAAGAAGUACACAGUUGGGUAUUUUGUACUAAUUAACUCCAGUUCUGGACCAACCAGAAUACUGUACACCAAAACCAGACUAUCGUGUUUUUAAACUGAUGACAGCAAAGGACAUAUCAAACUGCUUGCUGGUGCAAUGCUUUGGCAUCUACUGACUUCCAGAAUCCAGUUGGCUUGUUUUUGCAGUUAAGGUCAAGGUCAAUAGCUGCUCAUCAGGAAAUAAAUAGGCCAUAGUUAUUUCCUAACUUUAUUAUUGAAUAAAUAUAAACAAUAUUAUCCAGAAA